AUGGCUUCUCGCGGACGAGUUCGUCUUCGUACUCGAAGAGAGAUUGAGAGUAACCAGUCGACGGAUAAUCACCCUGAACUUAUGUCGGCGAUAACUAGCUUAGCUAACACGAUUCAAGCAAGCACUGCCAAGGACUACUCGUGCUGUGCGGUGAACCAGGCUGACUCGCCAGUUUUUGAGGAAUCGAUAAAUCCUGCUGAAGCAGACAACUGGGUAAGAGCUGUGGAGGGUGCAUUACAAACUCAACAAGUCCCGAGUAAUCAGUUCGUGGAAUAUGCGGCUUAUCAACUAAUGGGAGAAGCUCAGCAAUGGUGGCAAGGAGAGUGCCGACUGCUACGCCUACAAAAGGUGGACAUUACAUGGGCGUUAUUCCAUGAAGCUUUCUACAAAAAGUAUUUGCAUGAAUCAUUAAGGGAGGCUAGAGAGUUGGAGCUCUUACAGCUGAUGCAAGGGUCCAUGAAUAUAGCUGAAUACACCAGCAAGUUCGAGGAACUCUGUAGGUCUUCGAGAAUAAGUCAGGGUACUCCUGAGUCCUAUGAGGGAUGGAAAUGUGUCAAAUAUGAAGUAGGGCUGAGGGAAGAUAUCAUGUGUGUUGUGGAUCCAUUGAAGAUUAGGAGAUUCUCUGAAUUGGUGGACAAGGCAACAACUGUUGAAGAUUAA